CCUAGUCACGUUAUCUCCUUAAACCAAUCAGAGCGCAGUAUCUGUCAUUGCGGAAGUGCGUGAAGCCGGUUUUUUAGGUGUCCAUCGCAAUCAUGCUGCUGUGGAUUCUGUCCGGGUCUCUGGUUCUGUUCGGCAGUGUUGACGUGUGGUACUUCCUGAGAGGCUCGUGGAUGGCGAUCAAGUGCUGGUUCCAGGGUCCGGUUCGAGAUGUUCUGGCCGAGCAGGUCGUUCACGGACGGGUUCUGCCUCACGACCUGGACUUCAUGUGUCACAUGAAUAACGCCCGCUAUCUGCGCGAGUGCGACUUCGCCCGCUUUGCGCACUGCACCCGGAACGGGCUCUUCGGGGCCGCACGCGCGCUCAACGCCACCAUGGUGGUCGGGGCCACAACCAUCCGCUACAGACGCUCGCUGGCCCUCGGCGAGGCGUUCGAGCUGCGCACCCGCAUCGUGUCGUGGGACGAGAAGUCCUUCUACAUAGAGCAGAGAUUCGUGUCCAAGUCAGACGGGUUCAUUUCUGCUGUCAUGCUGUGCCGACAGAACGUGAUUCGCGGAAAUCCACAGAAGAUCUUGGAUUUCCUUUGCAAGAGGGGGGUGGACUGCCCUGACAUUUCAGAGGAUCUUCAGCACUGGAUUAGAUUCAUCUCUGCUAGCAGUCAGGCUCUGAGAGCUGAGAGUGGACUAGACGAGAAGACCAAAUGAUCAUAUCUAAAACUCUUACCGUAAGCCUUCCUUGUGCAUGUAAGUUUCCCGUGACGCUAACCUUGAAUCAUGUAGCUUAUCUCUAAGUGUCAGUUUUAAAAUUACAAAAGAGUUUUCUGGUCCAGA